AUGAAUCGUUUGACAAUCGCCCUCUUCGCCCUCCUGGCUGCGGCUGCGACCGCUGCACCCGUCCAGGAUGCAACUCCAAUCCCGAUUGUGCAGCGCAGCGACGACGGACCCAACCCGGAUGGCUCCUAUGCCUUCAGCUACGAGACCGGAAACGGCAUUAAGGCCCAGGAACAAGGCCAGCUCCAGAAGUCCCAGGACCAGCAACACGACGCCGUUUACGUGCAAGGCAGCUACAGCUACCCCGCCGAAGAUGGUAACACCAUUUCCCUGACCUACGUUGCCGAUGAGAACGGAUUCCAGCCCCAGGGAGCGCAUCUGCCAGUUGCACCCGCCAUUCCGGAAGCCAUUGUCAAGGCUCUCGAGUGGAUCGCGGCACAUCCCGAAGAAGACAAGCAGAGAAAGUGA